AUGUCCAAACUUCUGUUGCUGGCGUUGCUGCCAGUACUCGCCCAGGCUUAUUUCACUUCGAUUGACGCUAAUGAGGAGAUCUGUUUCUUCGAACGGGUGUCGUCUGGGACCAAGAUGGCGUUGAUUUUCGAAGUUGCGGAAGGAGGAUUUUUGGAUAUUGAUGUUAAGGUAAUUUCCCAUUUUUUCUUUUGUUGCGACUUUUAGGAGAUGAACAUCAAUAUAAAUAGCUGUGAAAUGAUACUAUGGAGGUUUUAUGUUUAAAACUUUUGAUUUUAUGCUUAAAAUCGGGCUUAUCUGCUCCAUUCCAGAUCACCGGACCUGACAAUCAAGAAGUAUACAAAGGAGAGCGUGAAACCUCUGGGAAGUACACUUUCGCCGCCCACAUGGAUGGAGUGUACAACUUCUGUUUUGGAAACAAGAUGUCCACAAUGACUCCAAAGGUCGUUCUCUUCACGAUUGAUGUUGGACAAGGACAGGCUGCUCAGGCUGCUGCUGGUGGUUCUGCGGAUGCUGCUGCUCACGAUGCCGAGAGCAAAAAGUUGGAAGAGAUGGUCAGGGAGCUUUCUGGAUCGUUGACUUCAGUGAAACACGAACAGGAAUACAUGGAAGUCAGAGAAAGAGUUCACAGAUCGAGUAAGUUGAAGAGAUUUUUGCACAGUGCGGAGAAGGCAAAUCUUAUUCGAAGUGUUUGAGAAUUGAAAAUUAUAGUGAAAUAUAUAACCCCUCUAUUUUCAGUCAACGAAAACACGAACAGCCGAGUUGUCCAAUGGGCCAUCUUCGAAGCCAUUGUUAUCGUUGGCAUGUCCAUCGGCCAGGUCUACUACCUCAAGCGAUUCUUCGAAGUCCGACGAGUUGUCUAA